AUGGAUGGAAAGACACCUGUCACGCUACUCCAUGAGUAUUUAAUGAAAGGAGGCGAAGUUCCUGAUUACAAGUUGGUGUAUAAUGGAGUAGGAACUCAUGAUCCUUUGUUCCAAUAUGAAGUUAGUGCCAAAGGUAUGGUGGCUAUAGGGAAGGGAAAAUCCAAAAAAGAAGCUAAACAUGAUGCUGCUCGCUGUCUACUACUUAAGUUGAAGGAUGAUAAUGCUUUGGAACAGGAGGUAGCUGUUGUUUCACCUUAUGAACAUUCUCUUAAAGAAAAUGCAGUUGGCCAACUUCAAGAUUUUUGUACACUACACAACACUGCUUCACCAAGUUAUGAAUUAAUUAGAGAUGAAGGUUUAGCACAUGCUAAAGUUUUUGGUAUACGGUGUAGAGUUUCUUCCUUUUUUACUGAAGCUGAAGCUCGGACUAAGAAACAAGCCAAGCAACAAGCUUCACACUUAAUGUUAUUAAAGCUAGAAAAAUGUCUUAGUGAGGGAGACUUCAUUGCAACGCCAGAUUCAGAAAAACCAGAAAACAAUGAUUUAAUUAAUAAGGCCUGUGAUGUUACCAAGGAAGCUUAUAAUAAAGUUUUAUUAGAAAGGACUAAUGAUAAGAUUUCCUCUUGUAGACUAGGUACUUCUAUGAGUAAUUUUUCAGGUCAGUUUUUAGAAAAUGUUUUACCUUUAUCUGAAACUCUCAGAACCAUUGCUGAUAAAGAUGAUUCUUUCUUUGAAAGCUACCAAGACCCAGAAGAAUUGCUUACCACUAUUUUGACCCAAUUGGAUUACCAUCACAGUUACGAAUUUGUUCAGACUAGGACCGAAACAGAAUUUUUGUGUUUCCUACAGAUUAAAGAGUUAAACUGUGCCAAUUUUGUGGGGUUUUCGACAUCUUCAAAUGUAGCUAGAAAAAGUGCAACUGUAAAAGCUCUUCAAUUUUUAUCAUGUAUGUCAAAAAUAUGA